AAGAAGCCAGUCUCGGUAGUGGUUAGGGGGGUGGCGAUAUCCAGCCGCUCUGCAAGCCUCGUCGUUCACAUCAAAACAGCCGGUUCGUCGCGCGCUCCUUCACUCGGAUACAACCAUGUACUAUGCUACGAUCCUGCUACUUACUCUACUGCUACAACCAGCGCUUCCCAAGAUGCAACAGCUUAUCUUCAAGAGGUUCACAGCCGAGACCUGCAAAGCAAAUCCGUGCUUGAACGGGGGCAAAUGUGUCCCGGGAAAGCUGAACUGCCAAUGCGCGCAAGGAUGGAUGGGACGAUUUUGCCACAGAAAGUGUCGAAAUAUCUAUAAAAGUUGCGAGCGAUGGGCUCUGGAAGACAAAUGCCACACAAUAUUGACUCAGACGAACUUUUUCGAUGUGAACUGUGCACUCGCUUGCAACCUUUGUACGCCAGAUCCAAAUUACGAUGAACCAGAAACUCCUCUCCCACCAGCUCUAGAACCUUUACAAUUUUUCGUAGGAAGAUGGUAUUCACAGGCUGCAAAAGGACUACGAUACCCAACAGAUCUCUACUCGAAUGAGUAUGAGGAAAUACUUGAUAUUGCUCCAGCUAGCGUACCAAUGUUUGGACCACCUUCACUAAAUCUCACAAGCACAUCAUGGUACGAGGAUGACACGAGAAUAAUGCAUGGUUUUAUAACAUUACGACCAAAUUCUUUCCCACCAGAAAUUGCCAUCCUUAGUACUAGUAAUGAAGGAUUGAACAUGAUCGAGCUUGGAACACUGAAACAUCACGUUUUAACGCUUAACGUGUCUUACAUGCAAGUUCAUCCCACAAUGGAUAGCUCAAUUCUGCCAUUAGGGGCUACACGACGAUUUCGAAGAGUGGGCCAAUUACUCGAAAUGACGGUAGCCAAGCUGUUUCCAAAUAACAAGGUAUCGCAAUUCAAAAAGAUGUUCAAGAAGCUGUCAGACUAUGCGAGUUAAUAUGGGUAUUAACAUCUCUUCACAUAUAGAGAUUUAGACAGAAUAGAAAACAUAUGUGUACAAAAAGAUUUUAAAUUAUUUGUCCCGAUAUUGGUGAAUGCAAGAUGUCAUACUGCGUAUCUGACACUGUAUUUUUCAAGUUCCAACUGGUCGUGCU